AAUUCUGAUUUUGCUUGUAUUGAAUCAUACCUCCUCUUAUACCCUGUUGUUGAACAGUUAAUUGGUGUCCAGCAUUUGAAACUUCAAAAUUUCAUUCUUAAUUCUUCUCAACAAACUCUUGUACAAGAUUUACUUCAUGUUCUUUUAAUUCUUAAGGAACCUACUCGACUUUUUUCAAAAGUAGAGGUUCCUCUCAUUUCUGAUGUAAUUCCUAUGUUGCUUGACAUUUGUCAGGCACUUGAAUAUGCUAGUAAGGACAAGAAUUUGCCUAACAUUCUUUGUAUUACUACUAGAGCUAGAAUACUUGUUUGUGACAAGUACUUCACUCUCACUAGAGAGUGUGAAGUAUAUUUUAUUACUGUUAUAAUGUUGCUAGACAAGAAGUUGGAAUGGUUUACCAAGAGGAACUUUCCUGAAACUGUGGUUCAAGAGAUCCAGAGUCUUGUAAUCCAAUGCUGGGAGCAGUCCUAC